AUACUUUCGGUUUUUUUUUUAAUUUAUCUCUAUCAAAUUACGAUUUAGAAUUAUAAAUUAAGUAUGACAGAUGGAUCAAUGGGAACUCCGAGGAUAAACAUGCACAGGAACAUCGAAAUCAAAGCGGCAAUUCGAGAUGUUGAACGUACUGUUUCAAAAGCCGUAGAGCUGAGCGACACUGCUAAGGAAAAAAUUGAGCAACAUGAUACCUUUUUCAAAAUACAAGACGGAAGAUUAAAAUUACGGAAAUUCGAGGAUGGUACUGCAGAGUUAAUUUUAUAUAAGCGACCAAAUGUUUUGGGACCAAAGUUAUCUACUUAUGACAAAGUGACGUUAAACUCAGAUAUUGUAGAGUCAAUGACAAAUAUUUUGUCUCAAUCCAUUGGUGUACUUGGAGUUGUUAAGAAGACAAGAUUCUUAUACAUGGUUGGGCAGACUCGAGUACACAUUGAUGAAGUCGAUGGUUUGGGUAAUUUCAUAGAAUUGGAGGUAAUGCUGCAAAAAGAUCAGGAUGUAGAAACUGGACAGAAAAUUGCUGACGAUCUCAUGCGAGCACUCUUUAUAAAAGAAGACGAUUUAAUCGCAGAAGCAUACAUAGAUCUGCUGAAUUCUAAAACAUAAGUAUCUCUUUCUCAGCUGUUUAUAUUUCCAAAUGUAAAUGUACAGAAAUGAUGACUUUUUCACUUGCAUUUCUUCACUUAUUAAUUAAAAAAUAUAUAAAACAGUUCUAUUUUUGAUAAUAAAUUACAUGUAUUUUAUACGUUGGUAAA